AGUCGUCGCGCGUAUCCUUUCGGUGUUCUAUUUCAGGUCAAAAGCGCACCGUAACUUUCAUUGUUAUUUGAAUGACCUAUAAUAACUGCAGUGAGGCUUACGUUGUCUUGGCAGUCCAUUUAAAGUUUCCCCGGCGUGCUUUGAUUUAACAUGUGAUCUUCAUUAAAUAAACAACAGACGUUUUCUCACGUGUAGUAGACAUAAGUGUAAACAUAGUGUGGUGGGUAGGCGAUGCUAGCCAAACGGAACGCAGACACACACCAGACGACCCAGUUGAGCUGAGCGUUUUCUCAGGGGACGGUAAAACAGCAGUGAAGUUCAAAGGGGAUGCCUCUCUUAAAUGACGUCACUGCUCGUAUUUCAUCAAAAUAUCAAUGAAAAGUGAAGGGUGGGCAGUGCGUCCCAGUCCAUCACACGCACAUAGGAGCACAAGGCAGCAUACGCCCUUCUUCGACUUCACUUUUGAAAAUUCUAGACAAACCAGUCCCCACAGGAUAGCAGCUUACCGGUGUGUCGAUCGGAGAAGAUGAACAUGUGGAUAUCACGUCACCUGGUGGUCAUUUGGCUUCACUUGCUCUCCUUCAGUGAAGCGUCGCCCAGAUACGCCAACGGAUUCUUCUACCAAGAUGUGAUGAACGGCAACGCCAAUGGAGAGAUAUUCUACAGCGGAGUGCGCCUUUAUGUGGAGAGCCCGAGUUCCUCUGUGGCUGCCGUGCAGGGAAGCAACGUGACGCUACCCUGCCACUACCGCUACGAACCCGAGAUCAAAACUCCACGCCGGACCAGAGUCAAGUGGUUUCGGGUCGAUGCGAGCGAUGGGAGCAGGGAAGAGGAUGUUAUGGUUGCCAUAGGAGCGCGCCUCAGGAGCUACGGUGGAUAUCAGGGACGCGUGCGCCUUCGCCGCGACGCCCCGGGUGACGCAUCCCUAAUCAUCAACUCACUGAACGUGGAUGACACGGGCUUUUACCGCUGUGAGGUGAUCGACGGCCUUGAGGAUGAGAGCGUGACUGUGGAGCUGGAAUUCCGAGGGGUGGUCUUCCCAUACUACUCCCCUAGGGGGCGCUACCAGCUGAACUUCCACGAGGCCAAGCAAGCCUGCCAGGAGCAGGGGGCCUCACUGGCCACCUUUGAGCAGCUCUUCGCCGCCUGGGAGGAGGGCCUGGACUGGUGCAAUGUGGGGUGGCUGGCGGACGGCACAGCACAGUAUCCCGUGUCCAAUCCCAGGGCAGCGUGCGGGGGCUCUGACCUGGCCCCUGGCCUGCGGAGCUACGGCCCCCGGCACCAACACCUCGACCGCUUUGAUGCCUUCUGCUUCACAGCAUCCCUCAGAGGCAGUGUCUACUUCCUGGAGCAGCCCCUGAGGGUGAACUUCACAGAGGCGGCGGAGGCGUGCCUCCGGGACGGCGGGGAGAUGGCCAAGGUGGGCCAGCUGUACGCCGCAUGGAGGUUCCUGGGCCUGGACCGCUGCGACGCCGGCUGGCUGGCGGACGGGAGCGUGCGCUACCCCAUCACCAGCCCCCGGCACAACUGCGGUCCGCUAGAGCCGGGGGUGCGCACCUUUGGUUACCCACCUCAUCACCAGAAGCACGGCGUUUACUGCUACAGGUCCCACUGGUAAACAUAGGGGGUUCUGUGCGACUUUACCGGUAAACAUAGUGGGGGUCUACUAUGCUAAUGCAUCCAGCUGAGUAAACUACCACAAACUAGUCGUCUGUUUGUAGACUAUCGUCAUGGUCGGGUUGCUAAUCUGUGCUGAAGGCCUCGGGACAUGAUGUUUUUUUUUUUACCCUUGUGGUGUGCCACCUCUGCCCAGAGGUCCAUGUUCAUAUCCUCAUUCAUUGACUGUUGAAGAUUAUGCGGUUAAAGUCAUUAACAAAACUGUGAGCCACUUAAACAAUACUUUCCUCUAUUACUCUUUUAUAUGAUAGUAAUAUCCUGUAUGAUCUGUUUAUCUGUUGUGUUUAGACUUACAUCAUGUUGCCGUAGAGUAAAAUCAUAUGCAUGCAUGUACAGAUCUUCAGUAAAAGGUAAAGAGAUAUUUGCACACAA